AUGGCAAGAACCAAGCAGACCGCCCGUAAGUCCACCGGUGGCAAGGCGCCAAGGAAGCAGCUCGCCACUAAGGUUGCCCGCAAGAGCGCGCCGGCUACCGGCGGCGUGAAGAAGCCUCACCGUUACAGGCCCGGCACCGUGGCUCUGAGGGAGAUCCGCCGUUAUCAGAAGUCUACUGAGCUGCUCAUCAGCAAGCUGCCCUUCCAGCGCCUAGUGAGAGAAAUUGCUCAGGACUUCAAGACCGACUUGCGUUUCCAGAGCUCGGCCGUCAUGGCACUGCAGGAGGCGAGCGAGGCAUACCUGGUCGGUCUGUUCGAGGACACCAACCUGUGCGCUAUCCAUGCCAAGAGAACAAUGCAGGCCAAGAGAGUGACCAUCAUGAUCAAGGAUAUUCAGCUGGCCCGGCGUAUUCGCGGAGAGCGCGCGUAA